AUGUGGGGCUUUCAUUUCCGUCCUAGCUACUCUGAACUGUGGAAACUUGCUGAAUUUGGACGGCCAAUUUUAGCAAUGACUGGCACAGCAACCAAGCGGACAGAGGAUGCAAUCCUGAAGAGUUUAAGGCUGCCAGCAGACACUGUUGUCGUAAGACAAUGUUCAAAUCGUCCCAAUCGAUUGUACCAUGUUUUGGAAAACAAAUCUGAUGGAAAAGAUGCUUUGGUGGAACUUAUUAAAAAGGAGUUUACAGGACAGUGUGGGGUUGUCUACUGUGUUGAAAGAAGUGACGCUGUUGAUAUUGCUUACCGUUUAAAAGUUGCUGGUAUUAAUUCGGUCUAUUUCCAUGCUGGCAUGGAUGUAUUUGCCAAACAACAAAGUGUGGAAAAUUGGAAAUCUGGAGGGGCCCAUGUUAUGUGUGCAACAGUUGCAUUUGGAAUGGGUAUUGACAAGCCCAAUGUUCGAUGUUCGGAUGACUUGAACUCCCACGUCCUUUCUCCCACCUCUAAAUGUUUCUCCCAUCGUUAAGUUUCCAAUUUCUAUAGCAAUGGAGGCUCCGCUAUGAAAGGAUUUCCUAGUCCCCCAAGGGCAAAAGUAAGGUUUCAGGGGAUGCCAGGUGCUGCCAGAGCAUAGCCCUGUUUAACUUUGAUUUUAUUCGUUCUGUUCGUCGGCACAGUUACCUGUAUUUAGGGAGGGUUUGUCUAACAUUGCUUCCUUAAAUUAUAUGAUCUUAUUUGAUCUCAAUUCAGUUCUUCCUUGCACCCGUUGAACAGGGAAUAACCGCCAGGAUGAAAAAUUUUCUUUCUUUGUCAGGUAUUGCACACAAGCCUUUCGGAGCCUGUUGGCUAAGUGAGUAGGAUUGAGUCUUAGCCCUGGUGUUUAAAAGCUCAUUUCUUUCAAUCUUUUUUAUUUCCCAACUUAACACCAACGAAAAACCGUCGACUGCAGUCGCCUUUCAUUGCUCACCGUCUCUAAAAGGAGGCUGUUUUAACAGGCAGGGUUCAACGGUGCCUACGGAAAUCACAGUACACGCUUGGACCUCCUUUAAGCUGGUCCAGCAAGUUACUGGUUAGCACCGUAAUAAUUUACACUGGGCUGUAUCUUGUUAAAUGUAAAAGUUUCAUUCUCAAUGAACUAAUUAUUAUUUUUACUUAAAACAUCGCCAUGGUUUGGUUAAAUUUUGAGUCUCAGACGUCUUGUCUAGACCAAGAACAUCAACAAUGCUCUUUUUAUUAAAGUAUUUUCUCUCUUACUGAGGUUGAGCUCGUCAUUUCUUAUAUUAUUUUUUGCUUUCAUAGUAUGGAACAGAGUGUUAGUCAAGCUACCUCUGUGAAUCACGCUGCAGAGUUGGACCAAAUUCUCCCCUCCUACAAGGUAAAUAUGACUCUUAUUUCGUUCGUUUGUUUUUGUCUUUUUAGACAGUCAUUUAGCGGAAUAUAUAGAAUAUGAGUCAGAGAUGAACUUCCUUUCUGAUCAAAUCAUUUUGAUGUUUUCAGUUGUCUGGAUUUCCUAUCAACACGUCAUUCACUGAAAUUCCCCCUGUAUCUGAAGCCGUCUUCAGCACUGGAGUACACGCAAUAGAAGAUGCGGAUGUAGAAUUCGCCCUCGCCGUGCACGUUCAUCCUUACCCGCAGGGCGUGUUUUCUCUUUGGAUUUAUGUGGGGACGCUUAGGAGAAAAGCUGGCUAUUAA